AUUUAAAAAAUAUAUUUUAGAAAAAUCAUUUGAAAGCCUCAACUACAGAGCACAUCAAGUGGGAGAGAGAAUGUGAGAACUUAAAAAAGACAUACCUUUCAAAAUAUAGAAUUCAGACAAACUAGGAAAAGAGGACAUUCAAGAUUUGAGGGAUGGGCUGGAGAGAUGGCUUAGUGGUUAAGAGCACUGACUGCUCUUGCAGAGGACCUGAAUUCAAUUCCCAGCAACCACAUGGUGGCUCACAACCAACUGUAAUGGGAUCUGAUGCCCUCUUCUGGUGUGUCUGAAGAUAGCUACAGUCUACUCAUAUAAAUAAAAUGAAUAAAUCUUUUUUAAAAAAGAUUUGGGGGACAGCACUGAAUGGGGGACAACCAUUUCUAUCACUGCCAUACCCAAGUCAAGAGAAUAAAGUUUAAAUGUGUAGAACGAUGAAAUGCUAGGAGAAAACUUCCCUAGCUUCAGAAAGGCAUGGACAUGAGCAGAAAGAACCCUCAUCGUUACACAGCCACAGUUACUGUCAAAAAGACAGAAGAGCACUGGGGCUUUAGCUCAGAGUGCCUGGUUAGCAUACAUAAGGCUCGGGGUUAAAUCCCCAGGACAGCAGCAACGAUAACCAAUCAAUAAACAGCUAAAUACAUGACAGAAAAGAGCUGCAAAAUCUGCAAAGCGCUAAAUCACAUUUAAUAGAAGCCUGGUUAGAGUAAGAGGAAAUUUCUCAGCAAAAGCCCUAUAGGCAAGGAGAGCUCAGAAUGACAUAUUUCAAGUCCUGAAAGAAAACAACUGCCAAUCAGGAUCACUAUACUCAGCAAAGCUAUCCUUCAGAAAUGAAGGGGAAACAAAGAACUUCCAAGAUAAGCAAAAACUGAGGAAAGUGGGGACUAGCAACCCCACCUUACAAUGGGGUAUUCAGAAGUGAAAGAAAGAUAUCAUCCUGACAGUAUGCUAAAACAGUAAUAUUAAUAGAAGAGACACAAAAGAGAAACCAAAGGAUCAAAUAUUGUCCAUAUAAGUAACCAUCACAUCGGGAAGAUGUGUUGGAGGGAAACAAAAAGUAUCUAAAGCAGCUAGAGUAAAACCAACAAGGCGGCAACCUGGAUCUUUCAGUGAAACCUUUGAGUGAAAGCAACAAAAUUCCCCAAACAAAACAUAGAGGGUAGUGAGCACCAUAGUGUAUGCCUAUGCACACACUUCCAGGAGUCAAGAGGCCCAGGCAGGAGGACUGUGAGUUCAGAGCUAUCCUGCUACAUAGUGAGUUUGAGGCUAGCUACAUGAUGAGACCCUGUCUCAAAACAACAAAGAUUAAAAAAAAAAUCGAAAAACAAACAAAACAACAUCAAAAGAAAGAAAGCUCACCAGCAUCUGCUGCUUCUAAGAAGCCCUAACACCAGUAAAGGCAAACAACAGUUAGUGAGAGAACGAAAACGACUUCAAGCGAAUGGACGUGGGGGAAGAUUAAGAUGAGUAGACUUAAAAGGGGGAUGUUUAUGGUCCUAGCCACUACACCUAGUCUGAAAAGUAUUUUUAUUUAAGUGUCUCCACGUGUGUGCCCCCCAUGUGUGUGGGUACUCACAGAGAACAGCAGGUACCAAAUUCUCUGGAGCUGGAUUACAAAUGUUUGUGAGCCACCUGAUGUAGGUGCUGAGAACUGAACUCGAGUCCUCUGGACGAACAGCAACAAACAUUCUUACUCUUAACCGCCGAGCCUUUUCUCCAGCCCCAGUAACACUUUAAGUGGUUCGUCGCUUUCUUUUUUCAUCCGUUUACUCAAGAUGACUUGGAGUCCCAAAGAUCAAAAGUUCUGGAAAAGUCAGUAUUUAGUCUUGGUCCUUCGUGUGUACUCAAUACCGAAGAGAAAAUAUAUGUGCUUAAUCCAUCUCUUUUUUAAAAUGAAUUGUGGCAAGAACAGUGUGAGAGACACGAAGGCCCGCUAGGAGACAUUGGCAUGUCUCUAAAAUGGGACAGAGAGUGGAGUGGAGAAUUUGGGUGAAAUGAAGGUCUAGUAUGUGUUGAGUAGUGCGCUAAAUACGGCUUCAUUCUUUGUCUUAUUUAGACCUUUCCAAACUCCACAGCAGUAUGUACUAAAAAUUGAUCAAAGGGGCUGAAUAUGUAACUUGGUAGAGUGCUUGCCGGGCAUCCUAAAGGACUAGGUUCCCUUCCCAACACUGUAUACAUGGGGUGUGGUGGUGUAUGUCUAUAAUCCCAACACUCAGGAUGUGGAGGCACAAGGAUGAGAAGUUCAAGGUUAGCCUUGGCUGUACCUCGUGGGAUGUUUAAAGUUAACCUGGCCUACUUGAGACACUAUUUUUAAGACAGACAAAAAAUCAAGCACACACAUAAAAACUAAGUUAGGAUAAGAGUUAGGGAAGCCUGAACUCACAGUCCGGUCUACCUGGUCUCUUAACAUUGUGGCCUGUCCUCUGUGUGCAUUCGCGCGCAGGCCCCUCCCCCGGCGCUCCAGUGACGUCAUCACGCGCAGCCGUGCGGGCGCCCUCGGGGCUUUUAAAUGGGGCCUUCCUAGGCGGGAAGCAGCGAGUUCAGCAAAGCGUGUGUGGAAGUGUCGGCUUUUCUCGGGGCCGGAGCCGCUUGGGACCCUGAGUUGAAUGUAGAUUCUAGGAAGGAUCCAAUCCUCACUCUCUGGAAACCUUCACUUCCAGGCUGAAGUAAUUGUGGGCUAGAGUGAAGGAGAGUUCUAGGAAGAUGAGCUCUGGCAUAACCAUGAGUGAACCAAGGCUGAACUGGGAUGUUACACCCAAAAAUGGCCUUAAAGUCUUUUUCUCUCCAGAAAAUUAUAAAGAUCAUUCCAUGGCUCCAAGUUUAAAAGAACUCUAUAUUUUGUCCAACAGACGUAUAGGAGAAAAUGUGAGUGUCUCAGCAAAUUCUGUAGAAAAUGAGCCUGCAGUUAGUUCAGCAACUCAAGCAAAGGAAAAAGUUGGGAUGAUUCUCCUUCCCAAACCAAGAGUUCCUUAUCCUCGUUUCUCUCGGUUCUCACAGAGAGAGCAGAGGACUUUUGUGGAUUUGUUGGUUAAAUAUGCAAAGAUCCCCUCAAGUUCCAAGACUGUUGGAACAAAUACAAAUGAAUUUCUACAGUAUCUGGAUAUGAAAAAACAUGUGAAUGAAGAAGUUAAUGAAUUCCUAAAGUUUUUACAGAAUUCUGCAAAGAAAUGUGCACAGGAUUAUAACAUGCUCUCUGAUGAGGCCCGUCUCUUCACGGAGCAAAUCCUAAGAGCUUGCAUUGAGCAAGUGAAAAAGUACCCAGAAUUUUAUACGCUUCAUGAAGUUACCAGCCUAAUGGGAUUCUUCCCCUUCAAAAUAGAGAUGGGACUGAAGUUAGAAAAGACUCUUCUUGUUUUGGGCAGUGCAAAGUUUGUAAAAACAGCAUUUCCCUCGAUGCCUGUGAAACUGCAGCUCUCCAAAGAGGACAUGUCUUCCAUUGAGAACCCACAGCAACAAGCCGAAGCGAUGCACUGCGAUAUUAGUAAAGACCCGAAUGCAGAGAAACUUGUUUCAAGAUACCAUCCUCAGAUCGCUCUGACUAGCCAAGCAUUAUUCACCUUGCUCAAUAACCAUGGACCAAGCUACAAGGAGCAGUGGGAGAUCCCAGUGUGUGUUCAGAUGAUAGCUGUGGAAGGUUCCAAACCAGUUAAAGUAAUUUAUAUCAAUUCGCCACUUCCCCGAAAGCAAAUGACAAUGAGAGAAAGAAAUCAAAUCUUCCAUGAAGUUCCAUUAAAACAUAUAUUCUCAAAAACCACAUCUGUUCCAGUCUCUGCUGUCUUUAUGGACAAACCUGAAGAGUACACCUCUGAGGUGGAUAUAUCCACUGAAGCUAGUGAGUGCCGAAAAAUUGAGACUCUGGAAAAUUUGGAUCUGGACUUUGAUGGUGAUGUCACAGAACUUGAAACCUUUGGAGUAACUACUACUAGUCCAUCCAGGUCACCAAGUUCAGAAAGUGACUCCUCUGCACCCAUCAUGACAGAUGUCCACACAGCCCCCAAAGUAACAGCUAUACCUGUGGCACCAGCUGCUCCUGUGACACCAGCUGCUCCUGUGGCACCAGUUGUUGCUCCUGUGGCACCAGUUGUUGCUCCUGUGGCACCAGCUGCUCCUGUAACACCAGUUACACCUGAGGCAUCAGCUAUACCAAACAUUACUGAUGAUUCUAGAAGUUUAUGUCAGAUUCUGAUGAAACAGUUACAGAAGGAGAAACAGCUAUUCUCUGGUGUGGAAAGUGGUCCUGAAGCAUGCAAAAAUAAAGAUGAUCAAGGGCUUGAACCAUGUGCUGAAGAGGGUCCCAGUGCCAAUGCAAAGUCUUUAACACAAGACAGUGAAGUCCACAGAACUGAGGAAAUUUCUAAUGAGAGUGAUGUAGGUGCGCUGUGUACCAGUGAUGAAAGACAAAGUGUUCAGAAGAACGCAGACAAUCCCAACGAAACAGCCACUGCAUCAGAAACAGCUGACACUGAGAAAGGGAUACCUUGUGGCAGUGAUACAGAUGAGGACUGCUUAAUCAUUGAUACAGAGAGUAAAAGUAAUAGUGAUGGAAGGACAGCUGGUUUGGGUUCUAGUCCAAAUUCUUCAGCACAGGCUUCUGUGGAAAACCAGACCACUACUACUGUUUCUGAGGAAUCUUGUGUUUUAAAGAAACCUAUCAAAAGAGUCUAUAAAAAAUUUGAUCCAGUUGGAGAAAUUCUAAAAAUGCAGGAUGAGCUUUUAAAACCAGUUUCCAGGACAAUACCUGAGUUGCCCUUGACUAAUUCAGAAGAAUCUAAACAGCCAUCUGCUUCUGAGCAACCCUCUGCUACUUUGGACGCCUCCACCUGGCCAAAAUCCAGUUGGCCCUCUGCAUUUCAGAAGCCUAAAGGACGAUUGCCAUAUGAACUUCAAGACUAUGUGGAAGACACAUCAGAAUAUGUAGCUCCUCAAGAAGGAAACUUUGUCUAUAAGUUGUUCAGCCUACAAGACCUGUUGUUACUUGUGCGGUGCAGUGUCCAGAGGGUAGAGACAAGACCACGCUCCAAAAAACGGAAGAAGAUCAGAAGACAAUUUCCAGUUUACGUGCUACCAAAAGUAGAGUAUCAAGGUUGUUAUGGAGUUGAAGCUCUGACUGAAAGCGAGCUCUGUCGCUUCUGGACUGAAAGUUUAUUGCAUUCCAACUGCUCGUUUUAUGUUGGUCAUAUUGAUGCGUUUACUUCAAAGCUUUUCAUGCUAGAAGAAAUCACCUCAGAAGAAUUAAAAGAAAAACUUGCAGCACUCAAGAUUUCAAGUUUAUUUAACAUUCUCCAGCACAUUUUAAAGAAAUUAUGUAGCUUGCAGGAAGGGUCCUACUUGCUGUCUCACGCAGCAGAAGAUUCUUCACUCCUGAUCUACAAGACCUCAGAUGGAAAAGUUACUAGAACAGCGUAUAAUUUGCAUAAGGCACAUUGUGACCUUCCUGGUGUACCCUCCAGUCUCUCGGUUCCUUGGGUCCCAUUAGAUCCCAGUUACCUGUUACCAUAUCACAUCCAUCAUGGACGAAUACCUUGUACUUUUCCACCUAAAUCACUGCGCCCUGCAGCACAACCAAAGGUUGGUGCGACAAGAAUGCCUACCCGGAACCACAGGAAUCCAGUUUCCAGGGAAACCAAAAGCAGUUGCCUGCCUGUUCAGCAAGUUGAAAAUGAAGGAGUGGCUCAGAAUAAAAGGAAAAUAAUGUAAGGGCUGGACCACCGAAAGUAAAGUUUCAGAAAACUCAGUUAUAACAGUGUUUAAUGUUGAACUUUAAGGGAAACAUGCCCAAAAGACCGGCUAGCAAGAAUGUUUCUCCUCGCUAUCCUGGAGUUCUUACAAAGUGCCUUGGAAACCUACUGACUGCGGGAAGAGCAGUGACAGCAGAAGUUAGUCACUCCUCAGCUCUGGUGCAUGGAGAAUCUAGAAUGCUCCAUUGGCAAGGUAGCAAACUGAAUAAGAAAAAUAUUUUUAUAGCAUUCUUUUCUAAAAUCAUAGGUAGGAAAAUCACUUGCUAUUUUAGGAACAGUCAUAUAUUAUAUUAUCAAUUUGAUUAUAUUGCUACUCAAAUGAGACUGGCCUAAACAGUUAAAUAUCGCCAAUGUUAGAGACAGCUGUGUGCAUUGCUUAUGACCCAUUUUUGUCAGUAGUAAAACUGCUGUUGAUGUGUUUGAAAACCUGUUGAAAUUCCUUUGUGGACACCAGAAAUGAAAACAAGAAAAAUUCUCAUCUCUGAAAAGUGGCAAAUUAAUAUUUUCCUGCUAGGCAACCAUCCUUGUGUUUUAUACAAACAUAAAGCGUUCUGUGGUGUGACAGCUUUGGUGACAGCAUCUCUACUGCUUUGUACAAAUCCCAUGUAAAUGUGGUGAAACACUUCAAAAGCAGAGACAGCAUGAGGAUGCAGGCAUUCCAGGGAAUACACUCCAUCAUUCUAUCAGACAUGCUGAAGGUGCCAUUAAGCCUAGGAUUUUAUCUUUUUUUUUUAUGUUAAUUCAGAAAGCAGCAUCAGCAGUGAGGUGUGACCAGUUUGGAUUUGAGGGGACAGAUAGACUUACUAUUUGUUACCUGUUUUUUAAUAAACACUAAAAGCAUCAGAAAUGUA